AUGGAUAAACUUGAUAAAAUUAUUGCACAAUUAGACGAACUGGAAAUUAGUCAAAAACACAGGGAAGAGUUACUCAAGAGAAAUCAAGCGACAUUCCUCCUGAGAUUGCCAAAAGUACUCAAUCAGAUUUGUUAUUCAGGUCAUUUUAAUUUAGAGAGUGUGUGGAUUUUUGGAUGAUAAUGAUCUAUAUAGAUUUACAGCAACGUGUUCAACACUCAGAAAGGUGAUGUUUUGUCCUUUGGGAUUCAAACUGUUGAUGUUGAGUAGAAAUGCUAAUCAUCUGGUUGGAGGACCCAAACAUUCGCAAAUACAACUUAAACAUGAAAAAAUCGACAUUAUCUCAUGUGGCAGUUUGUCAACCAAUAGUAGUAUGUUUGACACAGAGGAGGAUGCACUAGCCUAAUUAGAGGUUUUGAAGGCUGUGAAGGAUUUCUUAUAGAGCAAAUUGCAGGAUUCAUAAGCAACCAUCUAAAAAUUAUAAGACAUGUUGGAAGAUGCUCAGGCUACUCUCAAAUAUGAAAAAUCAGUUAAUUUAAGGUUGCAAUCCAAAAUAAACAUCCUGCAAAAUCAACUAUCGAUAUCUGAACUUCAGAGGUAGGAUGUUAAGGAGAAUUUGGCAGAAUUGAAUUCCAAAUACAACAAAAUUGUAAGGCAUUAUAGAUAUCCUCAUAGAUCACUUAAAUGGAAUAGGACAAAAUCAUUUUAUUGGAGGAUAAGGAGAAGCUUCUCAAACACAAGAAUGUCUUGAUUGAAGAGGUCUACAGAUUGAGAGGUGUGGUGGCCAAAAUGGAGGAAAAUCAAAACAAUUAUAAGGAAGCCUUACGACAGGUUAAAACCUUUAUGGAAAGCGUAGAAGUUAAACCUAUUUGA